GUGGGCUGUGGGUGGGGGGGCCAGGCCUCCUCCCUGGCGCCUCGGGCGGUUCCAGCGCUGGAGCUGUUGAGAAGCCAGAUGGGGGCUGAGGACGCACCGCUGGACCGCGGGGUCCUAACCCUCCUCUCCUGCGGUCCCGGGGCGCCCUGGGCGGGGGCCCCGUUUCUUCCCGCACCCUCCCUUCCGUGGGGGCCAUACCACACGCAGCCCGGGCUCCUGCCCCGCCCCAGCCCGGAUCCCAGGCCGCAGGCCGGGCCGGACCGGCCGCCGGGAGGGGCUUCGGCUGGCGGCCCGGACCCUGGGGCGGCCCGAGGCGCCGGGGCGGUGCUGCACCGGCCGGGACGCGGGCCACGGAGGCCUCGGGCGGAGGAGGCCGGAAAGGAGGCCAGGCGGCGGGAAAGGGGGAUGAUUCAUCCGGAGGAGCCCGAAUUGGAAACGCCGCAACCUGGGAGCAGCCUCGUCCGGGGCCGAGGGGAGCGCCCGGAGGGAGUCCCGGACAAGGCCGAGCCCGGCCCCGCAGCCCCGGCCGCCCGCCCGCCGCAGCCUGGCUGCGGGGGGAGGGGCGGCCUCUACUGCGCGGAGCUGAGAGAAAUCCUGGCCGGGUCUGCGCCGGUCGAGAGCGCCCGGACGACGGCGAGAUGACGGCCGGGAGUCCCGGAGACCGCGGGGAGGUGCGGAGGAGCCCCGAGGGCCGCGUCUCACGCCUGGGCCGCCGCCUGGGCCGCCGCCGGCGCCCGCGCUCCCCUCCCGAGCCUCUGCGGGUGCGGGCGCGGCUGCGGUUGCGCUCGCCGUCGGGGGCGUUCGCGGCGCUGGGAGCGCUCGUGGUCCUGGUGGGCAUGGGCAUCGCGGUGGCCGGCUACUGGCCGCACCGCGCCGGGGCCCCGGGGCCCCGAGCUGCCAAUGCCAGCGCGCCCCCCGUGAGCGAGCUGCGGCGCGAGGGUCGCGGGGCCGGCCGGGCGCACGGCCCACACGAGCGGAUGCGGCUCCUCGGGCCCGUGGUCAUGGGCGUCGGCCUGUUCGUGUUCAUCUGCGCCAACACGCUGCUCUAUGAGAACCGCGACUUGGAGACGAAACGGCUUCGCCAGGACGUGCUGCGGGCUCAGGCGCUCCGGCCCCCCGACGGCCCUGGCUGGGACUGCGCCCUCCUUCCCAGCCCCGGGCCCAGGACUCCCGGAGCCGUAGGCUGUGUGGAACCAGAGAGCUGGGACUUGUCCCCGCGUCGGGGUACCUCCCCUGUCCCCUCGGUGCGGAGUCUGCGUUCAGAACCUGCUAAUCCUCGCUUGGGGCUGCCUGCCCUGCUUAACAGUUACCCGCUGAAGGGCCCGGGGCUGCCCCCACCUUGGGGUCCACGGACCCAGACUGGCCAUGUGAUUAUCACCGUGCAGCCCUCGGGUUCCGGCAUCGAACACUCCAAGUCUCUGGAUCUGGGCCUCGGAGAGCUCCUGCUUGGGGCACCCGCAGCUCGGGACGGUGCUCACCGAAGCUGGCCCCGGCUGGACCGCCUCAGUCUGGAGGGUUAUACCAAGUUGGGAGGAGGAGGGGGCUUUGGGGCUCCGGUUUGAGGAGCAGGGGGCAGCCUGUGAGGCUGCAGCAUGGACCAUAGUCAGAGGACCAGGAGUCCCAACGACUAGUAGAUGCUUGUCACAUCCCAACCAGGGGAAUGGAUGCUCUGGCCCCAGCAGCUGCUAAGGCAUCCUGACUUGCAUGUCGGCAGAGAAAUGCCACCUGCACAGGGUUCAAUAAGCUGGAAAGUGUUUGAAUGUGAACUUGAGACCAGCAUGACUCGGCCUCAGGAUUCCUUCAGCCUCCCAAGUGGCCUUAGCCCUGAACAGGUACCUGAGGAGGCUGAAGUCCAGGCCAGGGCGACGGGGAGAUGCACCUGGUGUCUUGGCAAACGCCAGUGGUGGGCAGGAACCCCUAAGACUUGGAAGGUAGGUUGCGAUGUUACAGGUUGGGACAGGCUCCCUCCAAGGUGGCACUGGUGAUGGGGUUUGGGCCUCCAGGAAGAGGGGCAAUGGGGUACAGUUCUGACCCUUCACUGCCAUCUGGGAUGGGGACUGAGCCUUUAACUCCCACCACCUCAAUCCCUUUCUUCCCUCAGCCAUGCAGGGUAUAUGUAUCCUCCUAGGGCUACAGACUGCCAAUGCCUCAUGCUGAGGGCCUGGCCCUCCCAAGCAGGUCUGAGAAGCCCCCUUCUCCCUGUCCUGGUCUAUGCUGCAAAAUCUCCCUUCACUGGGCAAAGGCAUUUGCCAAUUCUCAGAAACGUUUUUAUACAAUAUUGAAGCUGCAUUUUGGCCAAUGUGGGUAACUUACUUUUUAGCAAGAGGGGAAGAUAACUUUAAAAGUUGAUCAGUCCUCACAGAUUCAGUCCUUUUUUUUUUUUUUUUGAAGUUUAUUGAAAAAUGCAGUACAAGAAGCAAGACCAAACACG